AUGCCAAAGGAAAAUAAGCAUGCCAGAGGUAGAAGAGACACUUUAAAGAGAAAGAGGGAAGAAAAUACCGAUAGGGAAGAAGAUCAUGAUAAUGAUUCUCAAGAUCUGAAAAAGCGAAGAUCCUCCCAAAUCGAAGACGAGGUUUCUUUCAUAGGUCUGGAUAAUGACAAAAGUCUAUCGUCAUUCCCAGCGGCUACAGGUACAAAUGCAAUUGAAGUUGCGGACCGUCCUUAUUAUGGAUUACUUGAGGACGAAGAGCAAGAAUACUUUCGAAGAGCAGACGAAUUACUCGAAUUGAACGAUUUCCCCUCCGAUGAAGAGCGAAGUCUUUUUCUCGCAAAUGUAUAUCGGGAAGCAAAGGGAAAGGAGCUGAAGAUUGCGUGUAGUCAAUCAUGUUCGAGAUUAAUGGAAAGAUUGAUUUUGUUGAGUACACCUCAGCAAAAAAAGAAAUUGUUCUCUCAAUUUGCCGGAAAUUUUCCUCAUUUGGUGUCACAUCGUUUCGCAAGCCAUUGUUGUGAAACGUUAUUCAUUCAAUCCGCUUCAAUUGUUACCGAGGAACUUACGGGAGAAGAAAAGAAGGAAGAGAAGAAAGUGGCAGAGGCAAAGGCAGAUGCAGAGGAUGGAGAAGAGGCAAAAGAAGAUGAGAUUACUGAGUCGAUGGAAAGUUUGUUUCUAGCCACGUUGGACGAACUCGAAGGACAAUUAUCCUCUCUUCUCACCGAUCGAUUCGCUUCUCACACGCUUCGAGUUUUACUCAUCAUCCUUUCCGGGCGACCUUUGGAGAAAUCUUCGACAAAAUCAUUACUACAAAGCAAGAAGAAGGAAAAGGUUGGCAUAAAUGGAUUGGAUACCGCUCCUACAGAAUUUUCUCUCAACAAGCGUACCGUGCCAGAAUCUUUCUUAUGGGCAAUUGAGAAGAUCAUUUCGGAUACCAUUGCUUCUAUGGAUAGAGCUUUUAUUCAGGUUUUGGUUGGACACCCCACUGGAAAUCCUUGUUUACAAUUGCUACUCGAAUUAGAGCUCACAAAUCCAAGCUCCAAAAAGGGUGGUAAUUCCGAACAGAAGACUCUCAUUUCGACACUUUUACCGGAUGACAUUACCGUCGAAGGUAGUCAAUCUGCCAUCUUCGUUAAUGGUAUUGUCUACGAUCAAAUUGGAUCCAGAGUUUUGGAAACAAUCAUGACACAUAGUCCAGGAAAGUUAUUUAAACAAAUUUAUCGAGCAAUCUUCAAGGAUCGAAUCGCAGGAUUGGCACGAAACGAGAUCGCAUCUUACGUUGUCAUUCGAGUUUUGAAUCGUCUCAGCAAAGAAGACCUCGAGGAAGCGAUAACGGAAAUUUCCCCUCAAAUUGAAGGUUUAGUUGGCAGACAACGUACAAACAUUAUCAAGGUUUUAUUGGAACGUUGUCAAGUACGACGUGCAAGUACUGAGGCUCUCACAAAGAGUAUUGCUGAUGCAUAUGGAUCCGAUAAAAAUGAGUUGAUAUUGAAGAUGGCCGACAUUUCUCUCGAAACUCUUACAUUGGCUACAGCACCACCUCCAGCAGCUGAUGAUGAUAAACCAGCUCCGGUUCCUGUCUUGCCAAAACCUAGCCCAUCUCAACUUCACGGAUCAUUACUUGCUCAGGCUAUGCUUAAGAUUCCUGGACCACCUGCGCAACUCAUUCAGAAUUCUUUAUUGGCUCUUCCCACCUCUACGAUCCUUGCGCUCUCUUUAUACCCAACUACAACUCACAUUAUUCAAGCAUCAUUGCUUCCAUCUCCACCUAAUACCCCUUCAAACCUUUUGUUCCGUCGCAAACUCAUCAAUUCUAUUAUAUCACCUUCAGCCGGAGCUACUCCAACACCUCAACCUCCGAUCAUCACAUUAUCCUUGUCGUCUGCAGGAACACACAUCUUGGAUUCCCUUUUACAUACUACGACUACUCCAACUUCUACCUCGUCAGCAUCCCUAUUCUCUCUCUGCGAACGUAUCGCCAUGUCACUCAUGCCUUACGAACCUUUACUUAGAGAUAGCUGGACUGGAAGAAUUGUUUGGAGAAAUUGGUCAAUGGAUUUAUUCAAGAGAAGAAGAGCGGAUUGGGUAAAGAGAGUUAAGAGUGGUGAUACACAAGGAAAAUCGAACAUUCAAAGUCAGAUGGUAUUGAAGAGUCAAGAUGGUAAUGCAAAUGCUGUGGUUGGAAAGGAAAUUCUUGGAGAUGGAAUUGGCAAGCCACACGGAAAGGGUAAAGGUGGUGAGAAGGAAUUUGGAGGAGAGAGACAAAAGAGUGCUAUCGAGUUGGCAAGAGAAAAGUUUGCCGCCCAAAAACUUGCGAGUGGAAAGAUGAAGACUAUGCCACCAAAGGGAUUCAAAGCAACUGGUGCAAACGCUAUUUGA